AUGAACAAUUCAACGGAAGGCAAUGAACAAUUGGGUGUGGGUGAUGUUGUUAUUCAACAGGGAUCUAAGCGUCCUUGCUUGAAGCUCAACGAAAUUAUCGAUGUCAUUGUGAUGGAAAAUGAUGAGUUGGAAUUGAGACAUGAGUUGUCGGAUCAUAGUGGGAUCAGUAAAGAGGAAAUCCUAGUCAUAGGAUCGUUGUCUCAGGUACAGAAAUUUUAUGCAAAUUAUGCAAAGAAAGCUUGGUUCGUAACUAAAGUCAAGAACACAAAUUUUGAUAAGAUAAGGAAGGAAUCAAAGAUACCUAUUAAUCAUUCUAUUCACUGCAUCCGAGAAGGUUAUUGGAAGUCUCGGGUGGAGGCAGCAACUCAGACAAACAGAAUAACAGUCACGAGAUGCAGAAAAAUGAUAUAUGUCAUGUUGGACAGAGAGAAGGAAAGUUGGAUUGUGUCUAGAUUAGAAUUGAGGUAUUUCCACCCCUACUUGGCUAAAAAAUCGGUCGACUAUCACAAGUAUAGGGAGUUGACCACACAUGCUAAGUGUGUCAUUACGGAUAACAACGAAGCUGGCAUAAGACCCAACAAGACGUACCUAACACUGGCUAAUGAGGUUGGUGGAUUUUUAAACUUGAGUUUUUCAGAAAAAGAUGUCAGAAAUUACAUCACAAGCAAACUCCGCUGUGUUGACAAGAAUGCAGACUUUAAGGAGAUGAUGAAUUAUUUCGUGCGAAUAAAAGAUAUCAAUCCCAACUUCUUUUAUGUCAUAGAUGUUGACGAUGCUAAUAAUUUCAAGAGCACACUCUGGGUAGAUGCAAGGCAUGGUCUACUAUUUGCAUCCUUUGUCGAUGUCAACCACCAUAGAAAGUCUACUCAUUUUGGUUGUGCGUUACUUGGUAGCGAAGAGAUCCCUAGUUCUGACUGGGUGUUCACAUGGUGCAUCUGGCACAUACUGAAGAAGUCACAAUCAAAGCUUGGGGGUUAUGCUAGGUACAGAGAAUUGAAUGCUAAGAUGAGCCACACUGUGUAG